AUGGUGGGAGUUCCACGGAGCAAUGGUUGUCGGAACUGUCUGGACCGGCGGAUCAAGUGUGAUGAAACCCAUCCCAAAUGCAAGCGAUGUCGUGAGAGAGGCGCAAUUUGUCCAGGAUACAAGAAAAUUCUCAAAUUCUGCCCUCAGAAACCCAUGUUGAAGAAGAGUCGGCGGAAGAGGAAACCCAACAACAACAUUCCCCAGCAUCAUCGGCAUGACCAUAACCACGAUAAUAGCUGCGCACUACCAGUCGAUCCAGUGUUUGAAUAUGUGGAAGCUUGCCGCCACCAUCGACUGAUCCUCCCUCGCACGAGCAUAGACGAAACCUUUGCGCCGAACCUUGUCCGCCAGGCCCUCAAUACACAGCACAGAGAGAUCUUCUGCACCUGGAUCAUGAUGAACUUCCCUUGCCUAUAUUCUUUAUAUGCUACACAGGUCGAGAUAAACAUCUUGGACUAUAUGCGGCAUUACCCUGGGGCACCACCAGAAGCAUUAGUGGGAGCCGUGUGUGCCUUGAACACACUUCACCUGAGCAAUGCGCACAAUGAUCCGGCAAAAGUUGCCUCAAGUAGAGCGAUAUACUCUCAUGGGCUGACAAGGCUUUCGGCCGUCCUGCAGGGCGGGAUGCAGGACCUCACAGACGAUGUUCAUCUAGCCGCCAUCCUGCUCGGAUUUUACGAAAUACUAGACGGGACAAGUCAGCGAUCAUGGCUGGCACACUCUCGAGGCAUCACAGACCUCUUCCGGCUGAGAGGACCGGCGUUGCUAUGCAGUGGAAUUGGCCGCACGUUGUUCGUCUCGUAUCGAUCCUUCAUUGUUACCGAGGCCUUCAUCUCGAGGCAGGCAUGCUUGUUUGAAGAGGAACAGUGGAAAGUAAUGAUCACCAACACAAUAGGCACCGGCAGAGCGCAAGGAAAGUAUUGCUGGCUAGUCACGGUCUGGGAGCAGGGUUUAAAUGAAAUCAUCAUGUGUCCAGGUUACAUGGUCCGCGCGCAAGGCAUCCUGACACAUGCAGAGCCGGGCGACAAGGCUCAGAAGUCCGAUUUAAUAACUCAAAUUCGAAGAAGCCGCGAUGAAUUGAGCUGUGCUGUCUCCCAACUGGCGAUCGCUUUGACUGCUGAGGGAGAAUUCCCCGAACCUGAGGACUCCAUGGGAGCAAUAUCGGCCGACUUCCGUCACGUCUUUAUCCCAACUUCCCUGCAAAGUAUGCGCACAGCGAUCAACCUGCUCGGCCGGUUAUUGAGUAUGCUUCUUAUGAACGAUACUAUGAAACGGGCCGACCUUCUUCUGAGAGACCCCUGGGCUCUACUGGAUACCAAGAGGAUGGCCGAUCUCGAUCUCCAGAAUGGACUUGAUUGCAUUGCCAUGUCGAUGGGCUUGUUAAUGACUAAGACCUCAUAA